AACAAAACGUCUAGAUACCAACGCAUUGUCUAAUCAGGAAUAGAUACCGAGAGAAAGAGAACCUCAACCUUACCUACCGACCGGGAUGAGAUGCUGAAUUGGCUGUCUCCUCUGAACUACUCGAGUGCGCAAGAUGACCAUGCCAGUCGCGCUCGCAAAGGCGCAGGUAAUUGGUUGCUCGAAUCGCAAUCCUACGAUGAGUGGGAGAAUGGCGAUGUCGAAAAGCUCUGGUGUGUCGGAAAACCUGGGGCGGGGAAAACAAUCAUGGCGUCAAUUGUAAUCCAGCGACUGGAAAAUCUUCGACAGAGUUUCAAAGAUGCUCUGAAUAUAAGGAUAGUUUUCCUUUACCUCAACUACAAACGACAGACUCCCCUGGUACAGCUCCUAGGCAGCGUUGCAAAACAGUUGGUCGGAGACGAAGUUCCUACACCGAAGCCUUUGAAGGAUUUGUGGGAGAAGAACGUCAGAAGAGGGAAUAAAAGUUCGGCACUACCUCUAGACCAGCUGGAUACGCUACUUGCAGAGUUGGCAAAAGAAAAGAAAGUUUUCAUCAUUGUGGACGCCUUAGACGAACUGACGACGGACCGACAAAAGCUUGUAAAUCAUCUUUCUCGGGUUCAUCAGCAUGUCAAAUUGCUGUUCACAUCCCGACUAAUCGAGGGCCUUGAAGAUCUUUCCAAAGGAUUUAGUCGGGUGGUAAUAGAAGCCCAUCAAGAAGACGUUCAUGGCUAUAUUGACGACGUCAUUGGCAACAGCGCGCGGCUAGCAAAAUUCAUGAGAUACGACCGUAGGCUUGAGCCAGAUAUCAAACAUGAAGUUACCAAAAGGUCAGAUGGAAGCACGCCUUCAUCUCGAACGACUGUCGAGUCAAAUAACACUGGAUGCGGUUCGUGAGAACUUGAAAAAGCUUCCGAUAGAGAUCAACGAGACGUACGAUGAGAUCAUGGAGCGAAUCGAGAAAGAAGGGGAAGAGAAGAGAAGUAUGGCGAAGACAAUCUUGUCGUGGGUCGUGUUUGCGCGCCGACCUUUGUCGGUAAAAGAGAUCAAGCACGCAU